GAGCGAAUGGUACGGCCUCUGCACAGUAUACCCACCAUGUCAUCCACUCGCGCGGACAAGGAGACCACCCUCCAGCAGCUUGCAGCUUCAAAUACCUUUGACACAGAUUGGCCUACUCUCAAGGGAUAUUUUCAAGAAUCACUCAAUGAUGCACUCAAAAUAUUCUUGACAAAAGGGCCUCCCCGUCCGUACCGUCCGCGUGGUGCUUCGCCACCACCUCCAGCAGCACCUUCCAAGCCCCAGACAUCCUUACCUUCCGUCACCACUGACGAAGUCGGUAAACCACCUGCUGAAUCUCUUCUCCUGUCCCCAUCGCAUCCCGCCUCAAUGAUCGGACCUGCAUCUGAGCUCGCCCACAAUCCAGAAGAUCUUCGGCCAAGCACCAUUGGCGGCCUCGUCAUACCCCCCUUUCCUCCUCUGGACCCAUCUCGCCGGCGGACACCAUCCCCUGCGCCCAUGCAACGGUCUCCCAGCCCGCUGUCACCUAGAGCUAAUGGAAUGCAUAACCAAAGAAUUGUGGCAAUGGGGAUCGGGGUCCCCGAUGAAGAAUGGGAUGAGGAGACGGUGAUUGGGGGAAAAAAGCUACAGGGGUGGUUGGAUGAGGCACAGGGCAAAGCCGAGAUUCAGCGCCUGAACAAUUUAUUGGAUGACAUGGAAGCCCCUCCAUUCACCAUCCAACGUUUGGCCGAACUCCUCCUUCAUCCCACUUCUCAACAUGCCACCUUUGGCAAAUUCUCUCGUGCCAUUGAAAAAUCCCUUCUGGUCACUUCACCUUGGGGAGCUCCAUCUUAUGUCUAUAUUCCCCCUUCAAACUUUGCUGCUUAUCCUGGUGUCGGUCCGAUAUCGUCUGCAUCUUCACCAUCCCCCGAUGGUGGGUCUGAAUCAGAUUCCACAGUACCCGCCGGAUCGACUACGCCGCUCUUCAGCCCUAUUCCUUUUCUUGUUCAUCCCUCUCAUGAACCUGCCUUAGCUGUUGACACAGGGCAUCCGGCAGCUUCAAUCGGUACAGAGGACGGGCUUCUUUCUCCACUUAAUCUUUCUGAGGAGAAGACGCCGUCGUCCUCUGGUCGAAGCCCAACUCCUGAACCCGAAGACUCCAUUGCAACGACUUCUGGACCCUCCACCAAUGACAUCGACACCGAAAUGGUUUCGCCUGGAGAUAUCCCCCGCCCAGAGAAUCCACAAGGUACAUCUGACCCUGCCAAUACCUCUUACAUGGGCAGAGUCGACGAGCUCGAUACCGGGCCCCUGCCAACUUCUGAGCAAGUCAGCAUCAAGCGCCGCUCUUCAAUUUCGUCAUCAUCGUCACAGAUGGAGGUGGAUGACAGAGAAACAGUCGUGAUGGCUGGUCAAGGUGAAGGCGGUCAUUUAGCGCCGCAUGGUAUGGCCGACAAGCCUAUGCCAUUGAGUAGCACAACUGUCGUCAAAGAUGUUCCUGAAGAGGGGCGAAUGAUAAAGGGUUUGAGGAGAAACGAGAGUGAAAAGAGCUUAGGGGAGAGAUUUGUCAGUGGCGGUGUGCAAAAGCCCGAGGAGGCUGGUCAAGGUGAAGGCGGUCAUUUAGCGCCGCAUGGUAUGGCCGACAAGCCUAUGCCAUUGAGUAGCACAACUGUCGUCAAAGAUGUUCCUGAAGAGGGGCGAAUGAUAAAGGGUUUGAGGAGAAACGAGAGUGAAAAGAGCUUAGGGGAGAGAUUUGUCAGUGGCGGUGUGCAAAAGCCCGAGGAGGCUGGUCUUGUGGAUAGUGCAGAGGGGAUAAGCAAAAGCGCGGACAAGGAGGAAGGAGUGGAAUAAAAUGCCUUGUUAUACCAUCUAGGGAUUGUAACGUCUAGUAAUGCAUGCAAAUCAUGGUC